AUGAUGCCUUCACUCUUGGAGGACCUUACUCUCUUAGGGGUUACAACAUGGGAGAGAUUGUUGCAACCAAAAAUAUCAUUGAGGUUUCUUAUCUUAUCUUACAUUUCAUUUGUUCAUCAUCAUAUUGUUGUUGUUACACGAAAUAAGAAAUGGGCAUUGAUUUGUAUAAUUACAUUACAUGUUGCUACUAAACUACGCAUACCAGUGAGGAGCACACAUGUAUACUUAUUUGCAGAUCAUGUUAAUGAUUUGGGGAGUUCAAAGUAUGUGAAGGGAAACCCAAAAGAGGUGUACAGGAGAAUGGGUCAGGGCUCCUCAUAUGGUGUUGGAGCCAAGCUUGGUUUGGUACGUGCAGAGUAUGUUGUUGACCACAACUCAGGGACUAGUGCCUUGUUUUUCAGGUUUGGAGAAAGAUUUUGA